GCGUCCUGACCUGGGCUCAGUGUUGGCACACCUCACCUUCCUGCCUGGCCCCUCCGGACGGUCCCGUCCAGCCAGGCACUGGUGUCCUGCCAGGGCUGAUGGGUUUUCGGGCACCUGGGCCGGGGUGGCCGUGAUAGGCUUUUGAGAGUGGCCUGGCCAAGGCGUGCUGCGGAAAGAGCAGUCGUCCCUGCAUCUAGGCCAGUCCGUUCCCGGACUCGCGCUGUGUUUUCUGCUGGGUUCUGAGUGCAUCUCUGCGUGUGUGUGUGUGUGUGUGUGUGUGUGUGUGUGUGUGUGUGUGUGUGUGUGUGUGUCUGUUUCCAUGUCUUUGUAGUUUUUGAACCGGACUCUCCAAAUUUAGGUGUACGAGCGCCGGCCAGCAGUAUGGCUUUGCUGUCGCGGACUUGUCUUUAGUUCCCAAGCAUGGAAAUGCUUCCCGAGGAGAAGAUAGUGGCUGAUUGAAUCUCUGCCCCUCCACUUACUCACCAUACCUGGGGAGGGUUCCGUGUCAUUUGAGGACAUUGCUGUGGACUUCUCCUGGGACGAAUGGCAGCAUCUGGAUGUGGCUCAGAGGACUCUCUACAGGGAUGUGAUGCUGGAGAACUACAGCACUCUCCUGUUCUUGGGACAUUGCAUGACCAAACCUGAGGUGAUCUUCCAGUUGGAGCAUGGAUUUGAGCCAUGGCCUGUGGGAGACUCCUCUGUCUGCAGCCUUGCAGGUAUUCAUAAAAAGUCUGCCUGGAACGAGACUGGCCAGGAAAAUCACAAAGGGCAUUUGUGGCAAGUUGAAAUUACCAACACCCAGACAUCAAAUGACAAAAUUGUUGGAGCAGACCUGAAGGUGGCACAGAAGAUCCAACAAGGGACAGUAUCCUAUGAAGAUAAAGGAUGUUUGAAGACAUUCUGCCAGCAGUCACAGCACACAAGGAGUCAGAUGAGUUACUCAUGUAAGAAAAGCGUCCAAUGUAAGUCGCCUCACAGUAACUGUCAGAGGCUUCUUAGUGAGGAGACGCAGCACACACACAGACAGCGCAGGAAGUCACACCUGACUGAACAGAGAAGUCACGAAGGGGAGAAGCCAUGUGAAAGCUCAGGACGUGGGAAAGCUUCCCACACCAAGCCUCAGCGUCAGGCCAAUCAUAGUGAUGAGAAGCCCUACAAAUGUCUAGAAUGUGGGAAAUAUUUCUACUACAAGUCACAAGUCAUUGAGCAUCAAAGAAGUCAUACAGGCGAGAAGCCUUAUGAGUGUACAGAAUGUGGGAAAUCUUUCAGCUAUAAAUCCCAUCUCACUGUACAUCAUAGAAGUCACACAGGUGAGAAGCGUCAUGAAUGUACAGAAUGUAGAAAAGUAUUUUACUAUAAGUCCCAACUCACACAGCACCAGAAAAGUCAUACAGGGGAGAAGCACUAUGAAUGUAUGCAAUGCCUGGAAGCUUUCUUCUUCAAAAAACAACUUACACAUCAUCAGAAAACUCAUAGUGCUGAAAAGUGCUUUAAAUGUAAAGAAUGUGGUAAAACUUUCAACUGGAGGUCCAACCUUGCUGUUCAUCAGAAAAUUCAUAAUGGGGAGAAGCCCUUUGAAUGUAAACAAUGUGGAAAAGCAUUUUACUGCAAGUCCCACCUCACUGUGCAUCAGAGAACUCAUAUAAAUAAAAAGCUCUAUCAAUGUUCACAGUGCAGGAAAGCAUUCUACUCUCAGACACAGCUUGCUCUACAUCAGAGAAUUCACACUGAUGAGAAGCCCUAUGGAUGUAAGCAAUGUGACAAAACAUUCUACAGCAAGUCUGGGCUUACUGCACAUCAGAAAACUCACAUGUAAAGAGUGUGGGAAAGCAUUCUAUAACAAGUACUUGCUCAUUGAGCAUCACAGAGUGCACACAGGUGAAAAGCCCUAUCAAUGUACAGAAUGCAAGAAAGCAUUUUUCUCCAAGAAACAUCUUUCUCUACAUCAGAAAACUCAUGCAAGUGAGAAGUCAUUUCAUUGUGCAGAGUGUGGGAAAGCUUUCUCCUGGAUGUCACACCUCACUCAGCAUCAGAGGAUUCACACAGGUGAGAAGCCCUAUGCAUGUGAACAGUGUAGAAAGACUUACUACUUUAAGAGACAACUCACUCGACAUCAAAGAACUCAUACACACGAGAAGUCAUGAGGUAUAAAUAAUGCAGGAAAAUGCAACCUUUCUGUGUAUGAAAGAGCUCAAACAAGGGAGAAUCCCUGUGGUGAGUGUACCAGAUACAGAAAAUUUUCUCCCUCAUGCAUACCUUACUCCAAGUCAGAUGAGAAAGCCUAAGAGUGUAAAAAUGUAUGAACUCUUACUCAAGUGUGUAAUCAGAAAGCUUGUAGGUGAGGAUGAUUAAAAUAAAAACUGGAAAUUUUCUAGUGUGAGGCAGGUGUUAAUCAGUCAAUGAACAUAUACUGGAGUCUGUCUGCAAACAUUGUUGGAAGGCCACAUAUACUGUCUUGUAAGAGAAUUCAUACAUGGGCUGUCUCCUGUGAAGUUAAAACUAUAUAAAGGCUUUCUCAUUCUUCAAAUUCCCUUAGUAUAUUGUAGGUGAGUAUUGUAGAGUGUAAAGAAGAGAGGAAUGCUUUCCAGCACUAAGCCCCAUCAAUUCCUACCUGAAAGCUUUUACAAGUGUGGGCCCCAUGAAAUUAAUGAAAAUAGACACUUUUUUUGUUUGUUUUUUGUUUUUGUUUUUUUGUUUUUUGUUUUUUUUCAAGACAGGGUUUCUCUGUAUAGCCCAGGCUGUCCUGGAACUCACUUUGUAGACCAGGCUGGCCUCGAACUCAGAAAUCCGCCUGCCUCUGCCUCCCAAGUGCUGAGAUUAAAGGUGUGUGCCACCACAGCCUGGCGAAAAUAGACACAUUUUGAGGCAGAAAUUGGGCCUCUGCAUUAGCAACUUCUCAUGUGAUAUGCCAAGUAGAGCAAAAAGCAAAGUGUGAUAUAUUACUCAUGCUUUCAAUUCUAGGCCCUGGUACUGCAGGUUUGGUGCAACUCAGUGACUGAAGAUUGAACUUAGCAACCUAGGCAGGUUCCACUUGAUAAAAAGCAGAAAAGCCUUCUUGAAGUGCUCAUGUCAUAUGACGACAUUGUAACCCAUGUGUUUCAAACCCUAAGAGUCUAAAGAGUACCAAAACUUUUAAAGUGAACUUGGAAUCCAUCUGGCAUCAGAAACCCAACAGAGCUGAUUAAACCGAGGAUUCUACUAUGAAAACAUACUUCUGUAGUUCAUGUGACUUUUUUUUUUUUUUACGAGAAUUCACCAACUAUUAGUGUAAGUAUUCUAGAAACAGCAUUCAGCCAUGCUUCCCCAGGCUAGGGCCUGCCCUCAAUUUUGUUCAUGGGAUGAAGUGAUCACUGGAACCUGUUCACGCAUAUCAAAGCUACAAGGUAUAUAAUGGAGUUACCUGCCUAACUCAGAAGCUCAAGCGCCCUGCUCUUAUGAGCCUCUUAGCGAUUUCUGCUUUCUCAGCAAGACCCAAAGUUGUUUUCUUCCUUUCUGGAUCCUGUAAUACACUUUUACGUGUUCUGUUUUCCUAUCCUCUUCACAUCUGUAAAGCUGAACUUAUUUCAGGAAUCCACAUGGACCUCUUCUCCAGGAAGACACAGGACUUUACCUGGAACACCGUUAAUACUUACGGAGUUACACUACCCAUUCCAUUGCUCCAGUCAGGGAAGUCUUGCAAACACUUGAUUUCCUGUAGAGAUCUUAAGGUUUCUUUUAAUCCUGAUUACAGUUGUUACAAUCAUUAUCUUCCUUCAUAUAAAUUAAACUAUGUUGCCAAUUUUAUUCAAAAUUACUUUCAUUAUCCAGCUAAUCCUGCAAUCCAUGCAAGCAAUACCUUUGCCACUUUCCCAAAAGGUCCAUAAUACCUUCUGAUACUCUUUGGUUCUUUUGGGGGACUGCUGGGUUUCCCUGCAUUGAUGCCUAAUUGGACUGAUGCUGAUUAACUGGGAACUUUUCAAAUAAACCAGAUUGGGGGCUGGAGAGA